AUGGGCUAUCUGAAAGACUUACUUUCCGGUGACAUUAUAGGCUAUAGCCAACAGGUAGCCCAAAAAGCAUUAAGUGACCGUAGCAAAGAAUUUUGUAGAAUAGUCCCUGUAGACGAAAUCAUAGGACAACUGAAAAAUGAUGGAAUUAUAAGUGAUCAUCAAGGUAAAGAACUGAAGAUCUUGAAGCAUGACUCAGAUAAACGGGACCAACUGUUAACUAUACUAAAGAAGGAAAGGAGCGGAGAAGAUUUUGAGAAAUUUUGCGAUGUACUUACCGAGAAUUCUGUCACAACUGUUCAGAAAUUUGGGAAGAAAUUAAGAGAAGCAGCAGCAAACUAUUGA